AAUCGUACAUGUGUACCCAAAAAUGUUCAAUGAAAACAGUAUGGAAAUUAAAGAAGAAGACUUAUGUGUAAUGGAGCGUCGAAUGGCGAAAAAAUAAGAAUUUUUUUGACAAUCACAAUCAAUACGCCAUUUUCGUUAAUUAAUUUCAUUUGACAGCAAUGCAAAAAUUAGACAUUGUUUACAAUUUUACGAAAAUUUAAUCUACAAAUUAAAUGGUUCAACCAGCAAAUCGAAUUCAAUCAAAUCAAUUGAAAAAAUGAAUGUGUCGAAUGUGACGCACAGUCAAUGAAAAUAUUGCAUUAAACAGUUUCGCAUUUGGAUCAAAACUAAAUUUAGAAUGUCAAAGUUGAUAAAUAUUCGCAAUUAGCGGAUGUGAUAAAACGAUUUUUGCGUGAAAAGUGAAUUAUAAUUAGAAAUCGACGAUAUUGUCCAGGUCUAUGACAUCUAUUGGAUGAACCAUCACGCCGGGAAGUUAAUAAGGAAUCGGAAAAUCACAAUUCCAUUGAAGCCGGAUUAACUGGCAAAAACAUGUACGAGACUCCCGAAACGAAUACUGAACCGACAACAUCUAACUCGGAUCAAACUAAAGAAGAUCAACUUCCAGCAGUCGAUACGCCUGAUGGAGUUCGCGUGCAAAAAGUGCACGUCCCAGAAACGACAACCACUCCCACAAUCCUACAGAAUAACGAUACUAAACUGGAAGAAAUAAAAAUUGUUGCGGUCGCAUCUGCGGCUACCGACGAAUCAAUUAGUAAAAUCAUAAACGACGAACAAGAAGCAGAGAGCAAAUCAAUAAAAAGUGUAAAUAAAACUGAUGAUGUGAAAUCGUCCGAUGAUCGGAAUGAGACACGCGUAAUAUCCCUGGAUACGAUAAUUCGGAAAGGCCUGAACGAACAAAUGCCCAUGACAGCCAAAGAUAUCGACAAUAUUGUACCGAAUGCCAUCAAACAACAACAGGAUGCCAGUUUGAAACAAAGCGAAAAGCUAGCCAGCGAAAAGGAAUUCGCUUUGGUGUAUGAAUCGAGUGACGACUAUCAAUCGUCGGUCGAUGAUAAAUUCGAAGACGAAGUGGAAGUUAACGCUAAGCAGCCAGGCGACGAACAGAAAACAUUUGCUGAAACGAAAGCGGUUGAGACGACUGACGACAAAGAACAGAAGAAUGUGACGCCACAGUUAAUAUGCGAAACAGUGCUCGAAGAAAAACUUGCUACAGAUGCUACUGGUGCUACGGAUCUGUCAAUGAAAGAUGUUGAUGAAAGUCAAUUGGAAUCGACACAGUUGAAUGAAUCUAAUGACUCUAGUGCAUCUGAUCAUUCUUUUGACGAUUUCGAUAGUGACUCAGGUUCGGCUCACAGUUUACACAAGAAGCGCAAACAUCGCGAAAGCACGGCAGUGGAAAACACAGUUGACGAUGAUGCAGACAAAAAGUAUGCCGACGAGGUUGGUGACGAGGUUGGCGAGGAUCUAACUAAUGAUCCUGGACCACGACUGAAUCGCCGUGGAAAACCACGUAAGUCCUAUGACGAAACUGACAAUGAACAAGUGAAGAAGAAAGUCGGCAGAAAAAUGAAAAUUCAACGUUAUGCAGGUCCGAAACGUCCAGGUGUUCGGGGACGUCCGAAACGCGAUGACGGGCUAAGCUGUUACAAGGACUUGAAUCCAGCGAACAAUUCAUCUGCUGCAACACCAAUGGACGAAUUAAUGGCACUUGGGCACAGUUUGUUUUCGGAAUUUGCCCCAAAAAAACCGGGCAGACCAAAACGCGAAAAUUAUUUGCCCGAAAUAAAUCCUGAACCCGAAGUCGAUGCAACAAAUGAGAUGACCGCUGACAAUGUGGUUCGAGUACAACAAAAUAUUGAUGAUCCGUCAACGCAUCCGCAAUUAAUGUUCAGACGAAAGCCGGGACGGCCAAAAAUCGACAAAGAAAGUGGAGGGCAUAUUGUGUUCCAAAACAGUGAAUUGACUGUGGUCAACAAACCGGCGAAAGUUAAGGGCGAAGUCGUUGAUUCACAAGAUGACACGGGAAUGGUAAUGCAUCAUUCAAAAGACAUUUCCAUUGUUCCGAUCAUCAAAGCAGUUACGAACAAAGACAUAAGUCGAAGCUACAAUUUACCAAUUGAAACAACAAUCACCAGCUACGGUCACGACAGAUCCUUUCAAGAGGCGAAUAUCCGUAAUAUGAAACAGGACCCAGAUGAUAAUACGUAUUCGAUGGCACCAAUCGACGAUAUGCUAGAAGUGCAUCACGUUGAAGAGUACAUUCCUGAAAUCUAUGACGGCUCUGACGGACGACGACGAGGUAGAAAACCGAAAGUCGAACGUUCAACAUAUUCUGAAAUGACACUCAGUGAACCGUACGUACUGAGUGGUGAUAGACAGCACAGCAAAUCCAACAACGGUGGAAGCAUAAGUGUCAAAAAAAUUGAAGAUUUACUGGAAAUUCCUACCCGAAUGCCAACGUUGCAAGACUUUUCCUAUCCGGAAUUGACAUUGUCAACCACAAACAAGCCAUCUUCCAACAACAACUCCCGAUUGAAUCCACUGUCAGCGCAGGUCGCACAUCGAGCCAUAAACAAGCGAGUGCGAGGAAGCCGACUGUCUGGCACGAAACCGACAUAUGCCGAGUUGAGUGAAAGCAGCAACGAUGUGCCAGAAAGCAGCGAACGCAGUAUGUCCAAGGCCAGAAAGGUCCAUUGGAAGCAACAGAAGAAAGUGAAACAAGCAGUAAAACCUCAUUGGGGCGAACAGUGGAAAGCCAAUUUAAAUUCUGCCAAAAAUCUAGCUGCACUACCUGACGACAAUGGUGGUGGGAAAGAAAUUUCUUCGCAAGAAGCUACCUCAAAUUUAUCGGCUCUAGCCGACGAAACGAGUCCAGCACUUCCAAUCAAUCCGAUCGGAUUGAGUACACCAAAGACUGAAGUCGCUCACAAAGAAUUCGAUGAAUCUGUGAAGGAAAUUCUGCAGAUGAGACAAAAACGAGUUCCGAAACUGAAGUACAGUUCUUAUGACUUUAAGGUUCGCAGAGAUCCCAACAAACCGAAAAUGGUCCUGAAAUUUAAGAAGAAAUACUACAAGAAGAAGAAGAGCCUCAUCACAACACCGGUUGCAUCACACGACAGUGGCACUGGUACUACAAAUUAUGAACCAGAGUCAAAACUUCAAGCCGAAGGUGAAACGCCACCAGUUAAAGUUUACAAAAAGCCAGGACCAAAGCCAAAACCCAAACUGCCAGCACCUAUUCAGUCACCUACGAUACUAUCCAAUCAAGACUCCACUACUCCAACAACGUCAAAGGAUGCAGAGCGCAUCAAACGGAAAUAUGUUCGAAAGUCUAUCCAAGCAGAGGCACAUCAGGAUGAGCCAUCAAUAUCGCCCGCAAUCGACAAUGCCGAUGAAGUGCAGAGUAGCAAACGCAAGUCGUACGAUACCUGUCAGGCAAGUGGAUUGGAAACCGUUAAUAAGAAAGUGAAAAACGUCAAACUAACCGAGCUGGAUGAUCAGUCCACGAGCAAAAUCUAUUUGGAAAAUUACAACAAAGUCUUACAGGACCGAAAUGACGUUCUGCUGGAAAUAUUGGAGCAACGCAGUGCUGAAAUUCGUAGCCUUAAACUUCGUGUAUCAAACAUGACUAAAUCCGACGAUGAAUCAAAAUUAACCGAAAAGAAAGACAAUGGUGAGGAAUCGUGGUCGCCGGCGGAACUAUCAAAGGCAUACAGUCUGCAAAAACUGAGUAAAUCGUUUUAUAGUUACGUUCAGGAUCGCUUCUCGCUGCCACUUCCGCCAGCGAUAGACGUUGAUCGAUUUAUUGACUGCAUCACUGUAACGAAGGGCCUCCUAACGAGUAUGAUGCAAAUAUUGGAAUUCGAUGGUGAGACAAUGAGCGAAGUGGAACGGGUCACAAUUUUACAAAUAAGCGAACUGAAAAUGGAGUCAAUGUACGAAUACGACGAUAAUUUAGAUAAUAUCAUCGGACCUCAUUCACGCAUGACCGUUGUAGUGGCGAAGGGACUGUACAGCGAUUGGAGUCAAGCGGUCUAUUUGAACUUCGACUUAACGACGAUGAAAGACAUCCUGAACAUGAUUAUCGAAGAGCUGCACAAGAUCAAAUUUCCCGUCGUUGCGUGUGUCUGUAAAUAUGUGGACGGCGAGACAAGCAUCUGGUCCGAAUUUAACAUCGGCAUGGGCUGUAAUUAUUUUUCGCAUCCGGUCACCACCGAAUUCAUUUACACUUUUUAUUACAUCAAUGAUUUGAUGCUGGCGACGCGGAACAAUUUCGUUGAGAAUGGAUUCACCACCGACACUUGCCGCAUUAAUACUUCACCAUUGGAAGAACUGAUAAAAGUGCACGAUCUACGAUUUCCCAUACGAAGUGAGACGUUAACAACGAAAUGUGAUAACAUUAGCAAUGUCGUUAACCUUUUCUCCAAACAUACGUCGAGCCUGCUGCGGAUAUUAAUGCCACAAAAUGAAAUAGCGACGAGUCUGGCCGAUUUCUGUGCAGUUUUAGACUCGUUCUAUCGACUGAUGAACUCCGAAAAUGGUAUCGCCGUUUCGGGUGACGAUCAUGCGGCCGAAGAGCCGUACGGUAAAAAUAUUGAAUAUCAAAAUGACAUCCUCAACGAAACUCAGCUGCAUUUCUACAAACUACGUUGCCCGGGCAAUAGUAAGAUGUCCGAAUUUCAACGUGCAACAAUGAUGUGCAUUGAGUCGCUGAAAAUGUUGCAACAUUCGACGAAACAAAAAUUCAAAGUGGACUGCUUUCCGACCCGAAACAUAACCGGUGAAUAUUUAAAGAAACGAAUCCAGCAAUCGCUUACAGCAAACCACGAAACACUGGCCCAUUUAACGCCACUCAAAUCGAUGGGAGUGGUAAAGGAUAUCUUUCUGCAAGCGAAAAGUGCCGACUCGUUGAUGUUUGAAACAACAGCCAAACUAUUUUUCGACGACGACAUAGACACCACGCUGCCCGAAUCGCAUUAUGUUGACUUGCUGAUCGAUUGGAUUGCUGAGAAAUAUGAGAAGAAGCACACCAACACGAAUAACGACGAUUUCAUCAAGAAAAUGCACAAAUUCGAGGAACAGUUCCAGUCCAUUCAAAAUCCACAAUUUAAAAUUGCCGAAAAUUCGGUGACGAAAGUGUUUAAAAAACUCAAAUCGCACACGUUCGGUAUGUUUUUGGAAGUGAUCCAUAAGUUCGUUGUCCAGAGACAUUUACUACGGAUGAAGUAUUUGAACGCUGUGUCGGCAAUGCGUAUGGUUGAACCAAAUUAGAGAAGAAAAAAAUUAUUAUUUUUUUUAGUAUUUCCUCUUGUGUUACGAAAUGUGUGAUUGACGAAAAGUUUUGUUUUUAUUUUGAAUUUUUUUUAUUUUUGUUUUUUUUACAAAUUGAAUUUGAUAGAUACAUAUGUUUCGUUUAUGUGUUUAUACACAUAUGUUUAAGGUAAGGACUCUAAUAUAUACAUAUAAUCCUCUUGAGUGGCAUUACACACACAACGCACACUCUAUAAUAAAUCUAAACUAAGAAAAAGAAAUGUAAAUUACUUCGUAAAUAAAUGUUAUUUACCUAAACA